AUGGUUCCGCUAUGCUCUGUUAAAGAAGCUCUGGCCUUAUUUGCAAGCGAACUUAAAGAGCAGCGGGAAAAAGAGGAUGCGAACGAACAGUUAACAAUGGGUCCUGAACACGAAUUGCUUAAGAGGCGUGAGAUGGAAAUCAACAAGCUGCGCAAGGACUUGGAAAAUGCCAACAUGAUGCUGGAAAAUUCCGAAACCACUCUGAGACGCAAGCAUCAGACAGUACUCAAUGAGUUCAGCUCGGAAAUCGAGAGCCUUCAGAAACAGAAGGGAAAGGCCGAGAAGGACAAGAAUCAACUGAUGCUAGAAAUCGACAAUGUAUUGGGCCAACUUGAUGGGGCUAUGAAAGCCAAGCACUCAGCCGAAACCAAACUCGAAGGCCUUGACAGUCAAUUGUCUCGUCUCAAAUGUCUCACCGAUGACCUCCAGCGCCAAAUGAAUGACCUACAGAAUUUGAAAGCCCGCCUGACAGCUGAAAACUUUGAGUUGGUCAAGGCAAAUCAAGAAUACGAGGCCCAGUUCAUCACACUCUCCAAGGCGAAAUCCUCACUUGAGUCUGAAGUGGACGAUCUCAAACGCGCCCUGGAUGAUGCCUCUAAAGUGGGUCAUGACUGCAAGCUUUGUUGA